AUGUUGUCAUCGACCACCACCACCCUCGUCGGAUCGGCCAUGAAGACCGCAGACAAACAAUGUCCCAUGUGCUGGGGCGAAGGAUUUACCCAAGACAGCUCUGGCGCUCACAAUAGGAUCCAGGAGUUGGAGGGGCAGGUGCAUGCGUUAACAGCGCGCGCGUCGGCGACAGCGAGUACGAAGACGAACUCCGCCGUUUACGCUCCUCACAGCCCCAAACAGCCUACGAUACACCCCGAAGCAGCUCCUCCUCUUGGUGAACCCACCUCCCAACCCACGCAGUCACGGCCAACCUCCUCCGAAUCACAACCACAAACCUACCACAGCCGCCUCACGACUCUCGCCUCGCUCCUUCCCUACCGGCGCGGCAGUGCAGCGCCUCCCCCCGCGCCCAUGGCGCCCAACGUCCCGACCACCCCGGUCGCUGCGACACACCCCACCUCGAACCACACGUCCCCAGCCAGUAGCGACCACCACGAGCUGCAGGAUGCGCUCAUGCGCGAACAGGAUCUACGCAAGGCCGCCGAGUCACAGCUUUCACAGGCGAGCUCUGAGCUGGAAGAGUUGACUGUGCAGCUGUUCAGUCAGGCGAACGAGAUGGUCGCGGAGGAGCGCAAGGCCCGCGCUAAGCUUGAGGAGAGGGUUGCUGUGUUGGAGCGCAGAGAUCUGGAAAAGCGCAAGCGGCUGGAGAAGUUGGAGAAUGCUAUGGCGCGUGUCGAACGUUUGAGAGCUUUGGUUAAUCAUCACUGA